AUGUUGUCGCUCACCGUCCCUCGUCUCGCUCUCAGGGCCGCUGCCCCUGCCCGUCAGUUCGCUGCCGCCGCCGGCGCCGGUUCCGUCCGAUUCGCCUCCACCAAGACCCUCAAGGAUGCCGUCGCCGAGAUCAUCCCCGCCAAGCAGGAGCAGCUCAAGAAGCUCAAGGCUGAGCACGGCGAGUCCAAGCUCGGCGAGAUCCAGCUUCAGCACCUUCUCGGUGGUAUGCGUGGUCUCAAGGUCAUGCUCUGGGAGGGCUCCGUUCUCGACUCUGAGACCGGUAUCACCUUCCACGGCAAGUCCAUUCCCGACUCCCAGAAGGUUCUCCCCACCGCCGCUGACCUUGGCCUCAACGGUAACGAGAUCCUCCCCGAGUCCAUGCUCUGGCUCCUGUUGACCGGCAACGUCCCCUCCAAGGAGGAGGUCAAGGGUCUCUCCGCCGAGCUCGCUGCCCAGGGUGCUCUCCCCGCCCACGUCGAGAAGAUCAUCGACUCGUUCCCCAAGACCCUCCACCCUAUGACUCAGUUCGCCGCUGCCGUCGCUGCCCUCAACCACGACAGCAAGUUCGCCGCUGCCUACGCCAAGGGCAUCAAGAAGACCGAGUACUGGGCCCCCGUCCUUGACGACUCGAUCGACCUCAUUGCCAAGCUCCCCGCCAUUGCCGCUCGUAUCUACUACAACGUCUUCGGCCGCGGUGACGGCAAGCAGACCAUCGACUCGAACCUCGACUUGAUCGGCAACUACUCCAACAUGAUCGGCUACGGCGACAACCAGGGUAUGACCGACUACCUCCGUCUCUACAUUGCCAUCCACGGUGACCACGAGGGUGGUAACGUCUCGGCCCACACUGCCCACCUGGUCGGCUCGGCGCUCUCGGACCCUUACCUCUCGUACUCGGCUGCCCUUCUCGGUCUCGCCGGUCCCCUGCACGGUCUUGCCAACCAGGAGGUUCUCGGCUGGGCUCUUGCCAUGCAGGAGGCCGUUGGCGAGAACGCCUCGGACGAGCAGAUCAAGGAGUACCUCUGGUCCACGCUCAAGUCGGGCCGUGUCGUGCCCGGUUACGGUCACGCCGUUCUGCGUCAGCCCGACCCGCGUUUCACCGCGCUCAGCAAGUUCUGCGAUACCCGCCCCGAGCUGCGCGACAGCUCCAUCGUCCAGCUCGUCCAGAAGGUCUCGCAGGUCGCCCCCGGCGUCCUCAAGGAGCACGGCAAGACCAAGAACCCCUUCCCCAACGUCGACGCCGCCUCCGGCUGCGUGCUUUACCAGUACGGCCUCACCGAGUUCACCUACUACACGGUCAUCUUCGGUAUCUCGCGUGCCAUCGGUGCCCUCCCCCAGCUGGUCGCCGACCGAUACCUCGGCAUGCCCAUCGAGCGCCCCAAGUCCAUGUCCAUGGACUCGCUCGAGGCUUUCCUCAAGAAGUAA